AUGAGCCGGCCGCGAUCGUUAACCGAUCGGAGAAGCCAUCGCAGCCGGCUACGGCCAACACCAACACCACUACAGUUCGCAACGAUCACCGGGUUGCCAGCGAUGGUGACAGGCGCCACAAGUCGCUUCGUGGCGGCACUCAACCACACAACAGCCACUCUGGCUCCAUCUCGCGUGCUCGAUCUACCGUACGAUCGUCCGAAUCGAGCGCUCGCUGUCACCGGAUCGACCAGUGUUGCCAGCACUGGAUCGCUCAACGUCAGUGCGACACCAGAGUCCGGUGUGUCCGUUGCUGUAAGCGGACGAGCGUACGAUCCGUCGCUAGGCGAUGUUCGUUCGCUGUACAAACCGCUGGCGGCUACCAUCACCACAGUGAACCGGGCCGCCGAACAGGUGCUCCUUUCAACCGUCCGUCCGUCGACGCUGGCUGGCAUCGAGGGAAGUGUCCUUGCUGGCAGCACACUGGUGGGCGAGUUUGGUUCAACGGCCAGCAGCAACAGUGCCACCGGUGUACCGAUCGACCCAAGUCCGAAGGCAAUGGACGAACACUUCCUCAUCGCGAAUUGGCAGGAUUGUGUGGUCGUGGUGUUAUUCUGCCUGCUGAUCGUGGUCACCGUGAUCGGUAAUACGCUUGUCAUCCUGUCGGUGAUCACGACGCGUCGCCUGCGCACCGUUACCAACUGCUUCGUGAUGAGCCUGGCCGUGGCGGAUUGGCUCGUCGGUAUUUUCGUGAUGCCACCAGCCGUCGCGGUGCACCUGAUGGGCUCCUGGCAGCUCGGAUGGAUUCUGUGUGAUAUAUGGAUCUCAUUAGACGUACUCCUGUGUACAGCAUCAAUUCUUAGCCUUUGUGCUAUUAGUAUAGAUAGAUAUCUAGCCGUUACGCAACCGUUAAAUUAUUCCCGUCGCCGGCGCUCGAAACGGUUGGCGCUGCUGAUGAUUCUGGUCGUGUGGGUCCUAGCGCUGGCCAUCACCUGCCCACCGAUUCUCGGAUGGUACGAACCGGGCCGCCGUGAGCUAGACCAGUGCCGGUACAACCAGAACGAAGGAUACGUGGUGUUCUCAGCCAUGGGUUCGUUCUUCAUCCCGAUGACGGUGAUGGUGUACGUGUACGUCCGGAUAUCGUGUGUUGUCGCCUCCCGGCACGACAAGAUGACGGAGAUCGAGGUGCACAAGAAAAGUCAUCGCAUCCGCGAACCCGAAGAAGAUGGCUAUCAGUCCGAGCUGGAUCCGAUCCCGCUCAGCCCCAAGCGAAAACGCUCCUCAUCCCAGCUGUCCACGGGCACGACCACCUACGUGGCCCAGCUAGGGCCACCAGCGCACGACGAGAAACCACCAGCCAAAAGAAACCAGCACAAAAACGGCCACUACGAGCUGGUGGACAUGAGCGGCUCCUGUCCGGGUGGAGCGCUCGGAAAAACCACACCCCAUCCGAACGGGGUAAACGACGAACCAUGCCAGGAACCGUGCGGUGAAGGCCCAGCCCCAAACACCGUGAUCGGUGAUCCCGGUGAUGGCGUUGGUGGUGGAAGUCCUACGGACGGGUCACAACCCAACACCGGCACUACGGCCAAUUACGGUCAACUGUCCUCACCGGUUGAGCUUUGGUCGGCUUCGGACCACAGCGUUUUCAAUCAACCAAGCCACAAACCGCAAUCCCAUUCUCCGGCGGCAAUGGGUCCGAGCUGUGCUACGCCACCGAGCGCGAACCACGCGCAACAACACUACCACCAUCAUAAUCAUCACCAUCAUCAUCAUCAUCACCAUCAUCAAGCUCUCGAUGGGCGGCCAACGGCGGCGCUAGCGGCAGCGGGUGGUCUACGACGGAACAACACCGUCAACACGUCGAUGACGGCAUCGACGGGCAGCUCGGUGCAGCUCGUCGGAGGCCGGACAUCCGGUGGGAACAACAUCCGCGUUCACCAGAAGUCGCUCUCGUCGCGCAUCUCAUCGAUGAAGCGCGAGAACAAGACGACACAAACGCUCAGCAUCGUGGUGGGUGGGUUCAUCGCCUGCUGGCUCCCAUUUUUCAUCCACUACAUCAUCACGCCCUUCCUGCCGAAGGACUGGACCGUACCGAAGUUGGGCGAGUUUUUCACCUGGCUCGGGUGGAUCAACAGCGCGAUCAAUCCGUUCAUUUACGCGUUCUACAGCGUCGACUUUCGGGCCGCUUUCUGGCGCUUGACUUUGCGCCGGUUUUUUCGCGACAGCGAGAAAGCACCGUUCGCGAACAUCCACAACCUGUCGAUGAGGGCUCGAUGA